ACUCUCGUACAGAAACAACAUAGAAGCCACACAAAAAAAUACAGAGACGAUAAAAAAAAAAAAUGAGUAGCGCUCCGCUUCACAACGUCUUCGUUUAUGGUAGCUUUCAGGAGCCUGACGUCGUCGAAAUCAUGCUUGAUCGUAUUCCUGAGAUCAUCUCUGUAACACUCCCUGGCUUUCAGAGGUUUAGGCUUCAAGGACGUUUGUAUCCAUGCAUUUUACCCUCUGAGAAAGGAGAAGUCCAUGGAAAGGUACUAAUGGGAUUAACGGAUGCAGAACUUGAGAAUUUAGAUUUUGUUGAGGGUAAUGAAUAUGAAAGAGUGACAGUUGGGAUUGUAAGAGAGGACAAUUCGGAGAAGAUGCCUGUGAAAACAUACAUAUGGAUCAAUAAGACUGAUCCUGAUAUCAAUGGAGAAUGGGAUUUCGAGGAAUGGAAAAGAGUACACAAGAAAAAAUUCAUAGAGACGUUCAAAGAAAUCAUGGAAUGGAAGAGGAACCCUCAGACAGAAGGUAGAGAUAAAUUCAACCAUGUCCUACGUUAAGAUGUUCCACAGUCUUGAAUGGGUAUUGGGUAGUGUGUUGAGUAUGUUCUAUAUAUCAGUCACCUUUUGUUUCUAGUUUGCUAACUAAAUAAAAGCAAGCCUAAAUCGAGAGUAUAGGUAUUGUGGAAAUUAAUGAAAAAGAAUGGUUAUGUCAUCAUAUGUUAUUGUGUAAGAUAUUGAGUUAUUUUAUUAUGUGGUUUGUAAGUCUCUUAAAUAAUACGUUGUACAAGUAUACAUAUACUAGUUGCAAUUUUUUAAUAAU